AAACAAAAGGAAAUAAUUUGAAAAGGGGAAAUGAUAUAGAGUGAAUGGGGGAUAACAAAGGAAAUGUUUGGGGAACAUUACAGCCAAAUGAGCAAGAGUCAAUAGAAUGGCGACAUGCUUAUCCAAUGGCUUACGCCUUCACCUCUUCCCUCCAGCCAUAUGAAGCGGAAGCACCAGCUCCUCUCUGAUACUUUCAAGGCCAAGAAGCGGCGGCUGGCUCUGGGAUCAGAGCCUUCAGGACAAGAGGGCCCUGCGGCGGUUGAAACUGCUCUUCAGAACUUGGUAUCGCUCUUCCCUCGAAAGUUAUUUGAAGAUUCUCUGCCGCCUUUAAUCCUGAGGCAUCAGAUCUACAGUCUGGUCAAAGAUCGUACGGUUGUGGACAGGUGCCUGAGCCAGCUGAAAAAUGAGGGCCGGAUCCGAAUGUUUCAGCACAGCUUUGAAGCGGAUUUUUUUGUGGUGGCCUUCACAGACAGCUACAUAUCUAAGGUGCAGGAGUUUAUAUCUGGGAAGGAGUUUGCCAGGACAGUGAAGAAGUUCCUAGAUUCAGUCCUUACUUCCUGCCCUGACAUCAGUUUUGACAAAAAGAGGAUGCUGAGAGACUUUGGCUUUAGUGACACAGAAAUCACGCAGCUGGUGAACGCUGGAGUCUUGACCGUCCGCGAUGCCGGGAGCUGGUGGCUGGCCGUGCCGGGAGCAGGCCGCUUCAUCAAACGCUUCAUCAAAGGGAGGAAAGCUGUCUUGGGUAUGAUCCAGAAAUCCAAGUACAAGGAAGUCCUACUGUCUGAUUUGCAGAGCCGUCAAGCACCAAGUGCCGUGAAACUGGGCCUUCCCUACCAUAUUCACGAUAUCAUUGGAGCCCAGCUGGUGGACUGCGUGCCAACGACCUCUGGAACCCUCCUGCGACUAACAGAGGAUUAAAAAUGUGUCACUUCACCAUCAAGCAGAGAACUGUGCCUAAAACAGACUGUCCAGCCUUGAGACAUUCUCAAGCUGGAACUCGGGGUCUUCUGCCUGAGCCA